UGACGCUCAUCUGGCCACACUGGCCGUUAUCAGGCCCCAAUACGAAUUCCACGAAACCGACGACAACAACGAUGAAGGAUCUCUUCUGGCACCUGGUGGGCAUCAGCACCGGCCUGAAGAUCCUCCUCAUUCCCGCCUACCAUUCCACAGACUUCGAGGUGCACCGCAACUGGCUGGCCAUCACCCAUAGCCUGCCACUAAACCGCUGGUAUGUGGAGGCCACCAGUGAGUGGACACUGGACUAUCCGCCGCUCUUUGCCUACUUCGAGUGGCUGCUGUCGCAGGUGGCCCGCUAUGUGGAUCCCCGGAUGCUGGAGGUAUCCAACCUGGGCUACGAGUCCAAGGCAACGGUUUACUUCCAGCGACUCUCGGUGAUUGUCACGGAUCUGGUCUACGUUUUGGGAGUGCGCAGCUGCCUGGGUGCCUUGGGGCUAGCACGGGAUUCGCAGCAGCACUUUGCCGGCGCCAUGCUGCUGCUGCUCAACGUGGGACUGAUCUUUGUGGAUCACAUACACUUCCAGUACAAUGGCUUUCUGUUUGGCAUCCUGCUGCUGAGCAUUGGCUAUCUCAUCCGGCAGCGUUUCCUGUGGAGCGCCUUUGCCUUUGCCGUGCUCCUAAAUUUCAAGCACAUCUUCCUGUACAUGGCCCCGGCCUUUGGUGUCUAUCUGCUGCGUUUCUAUUGCCUGGAGCAGGCCAGCGUGGCAGGUAUGGCUUCAGCCAUGAUCAAACUUUUGGCUGUGGGACUCUCACCGUUUGCAGUGGCCUUUGGUCCAUUUGUGAAGCAACUGCCGGAGGUCUUGGCCAGGUUAUUUCCCUUUAAGCGAGGACUGACGCACGCUUACUGGGCUCCAAAUUUCUGGGCUCUUUACAAUGCAGCCGACAAGGUGGCGGCCAGCUUAAUGAGAGUGCCAGGAGGUGCCACCUCUUCGGGUCUGGUGCAGGAGGUCAAGCAUUCAGUGUUGCCAACUAUAACCCCACCGAUGACCUUCAUCCUGACGCUAGUCUUCAUGCUGCCCAUCUUGGUGAAGCUGUUUAGGAGCUCCAAAAAACAAAGUCCUUUGGUGUUUUUACGCUCUGUUAUCCUGUGCAGCUGCUCUUCUUUUGUCUUUGGCUGGCAUGUCCAUGAAAAGGCCAUACUCCUGGUCUUGAUACCACUCUGCCUGCUCACCCUGGUCAACCGCGAGGAUGCCAGAUACUCGUAUAUCCUGGCCAUUGCCGGCUACUUUUCGCUUUUCCCGCUGCUCUUUGACCCGGAUCUGUUUAUACCCCGCUACUCGCUGUACAUGUCCUAUGUGGCCAUGCUCUAUGGCCAGCUGUAUCGCAUCUUUCCCGGCUUCCGCGGCUUCCAUGUGUGGGAGUGGCUUUACAUGCUGGGAUUCUUGGUUAUACCACUGUAUGAGCAUUUAUUGUCCUUUGUUUUGGGUUUGGACAAGCGUCUGCCCUUUCUGCCGCUCCUGUUAACCUCGGUGUAUGCGGGUUUGGGUGUCUUGUACUUUUUUGGAGGCUAUUACCUGUAUGCCUUGGGCUUAAAUGGGGGUAACAAGGCGGCGGGAGGCACUGCCUCGGUGAAGAGAAAACGAAAAACCAAAUAAAGGAAGAGAGAGAAAAGAGAAUGAGUAGCAAGAGA